AUGGAGUACCUCACGAAACAGCCCGAGAAUCUCUCGCCGCCACAGCGCUUCGGACGCUGGCUCCGACUAAAGCAGUACCAGAUCGAAGUCACUUUUGGCGUUUAUAUGUUUACGCCGACGGAAAAGUUCGCAUUCUGGUCUGUCGUGUUCCUCCUCUGCAGCCUCUUGACCAUCGCCGUCGUCCUCUACCUCCCGCAACACGUCCUCUUCAUCCUCAACCGGGCUUGGUUCUACGUCGUCGGCGGAGACAGCGGGUUCGCGUCCAACGUCGUCGCCGUCAAGAACGGCGCGCUGUCCCUCGCGACUUCGUUCGGCACGAAAACGCUAGCAGCCGCCCCUACGGAGGUGGCCGAAUCGAUGAGCCGGGAGCUGUGA